UGUUAAUUCUACAUGUUGUAAUUAUCACAACAUAUAGGCCCUGUUCUCUUCACCUUAAAAAAAAAUAUUAAGUAAAAAUAAUUUUAGUUCAGUAAAAUUAAGUUCAGUUCAGUAAAAAUAAGUUCAGUUCAGUAAAAAUAAUUUCAAUUCAGCAAAAUUAAGGUGAAUCAAACAUGGUCACAGACUAAUCUUUAUUUAUCGAUUCCUCAAAAAAAAAAAAAAAAAAAAAAACCUUUGUUUAUCAAAAGGAUACAAAUAAUAUUUUUAUUUAUGUUAAUUAGCAAAUCAAUCAAACUAUUAAACUUAUCAAAACGCUAAUAACACAAAUCGACUUAUUUCAUUCAGCUAGUAUAUAGUACCCUAUAUAUACCUCUAUCCAAAAAUUACAUUUUCCAAAUUAAACUAAAAUUCACCCUCUCAAAUUCAUCAAAAAAAAUUCCAAGAAAAACAUGGAAGAAAUACUAGCAACAUUAUCAAUCGACAAGAAAAACAACAACCAAUGCCAACAUUUUGCAUUCAUCAACAAUUCAUGCGCAUGUUGCAAGAAAACCAAGAACAAGUGCGAUAAUCCCACCACCAUACAACUCCGUUACAUUGAUCCUAAACUCUCCCUCACCCUCGACGCCAUUCGUCGUGUUCGAGACCGUGAUCUCGAAACCUUACUUAAACGCAAGAAGCUUCACUUAGUUCUUGACUUGGACAACACGUUAAUUCACACCAAGAAGGUUAACCUAAAGGAUCGAAAAAAGAACAAAAUGGGUAAAGAUGAUGACGUGUUCGAGAUCUUGGGUGGUGAUUGGUUAGUCAAGUUAAGGCCGGGCACGUGUCAUUUUCUCGAGCGAGUUAGUACGAUGUUCGAUUUGUCGAUAUACACCAUGGCGGAACAGUCCUACGCUAGGGAAGUGGGUAAGUUGCUCGAGGCUAAUAUGGGCGUGUUCGACAAUAACUUUUGUUUUACGAGGGUUAUUUCUAAGGAGCAUGGUACAAAGUCGGAUCGAAAGGGGCUUGAUGUUGUGUUGUCUUACGAACGGGUUGUUUUGAAUGUGGAUGAUUGUGAAGAGGUUUGGGGUGAACAUAAGGCUAAUUUGAUUCAAAUUAAACCCUAUAAUUUUUUCAAUCAGAAAUCUCCUUUGGAAGAUGAUCAAGAUCUUGCUAGGGUUUUGGAAGUUUUAAGCACGGUUUAUAAUGUGUUUUAUGAUAAAAAGGAUAGGAAUUUUUCUGGGAAAGAUGUUAGGCAAGUUCUUGAAAAUGUUCGAGAUCAAUUCGAUUGAUCAGUAUUUGUUGAAUGAUUAGCAAAGUGCUUUUUGGGUAUCGAGUAAGGGUUCGUUCGGCAUCAAUGUAGUGAUUUUGGAUGUAUGGCUUUCGGUAUUUCUCAUACAAUCCACCAAAUUUUCCUUUAUUGUUUAAUGUUUAGUAAUUUUGUUCAUUUCAUUGUCGAUUUUAGGGUUUAUCUUUUCCCCAAUUCUACGGGUUGUAAGUUGGAUGUUUUUGUCUAAUUGUGAAUCCUAGAACAAUUUCAAUUUCAGUAUGUUCAUUGUAAAGUUGCAGUAGUUGUCCGUCUAAGUCUUCUGUUUUUAUUUUCUAAUUCUAUGUUUGUUAUUUUAAGUCAUUUACUAUACUUGUAAUCACUUUUUUUUUUCUUUGAAAUAUAUACUUGUAAUCACUUGAUUGAAGCUAAAUAUGAAGGUAGGAA